AUGUUCAAGUACACGGCCCCCUGGCAGGUCCUGCUCUACAGCCUGGACCCCUACAAGGACCUCAGUCUGCGACGCCUCUGCACACAGCAGAGACACUAUGAGGACUUGAUCCGUCUGCGUCAGUCACUCACUUCAAGCCCCACCCACGUGCUCAGCAGUCCCGCCCACAUGGAUAUAAGCUCCGCCCACAUGUAUAGCAGCCCUCGCCGAUGGGUGCUCAGGCCCCUGUCGCCGAGUCUGCAGCCCUCAGACCUGCGCUCCAUCUCUGCACAACACGACCACAGCGCCCCCUACAGCACCAGCCUCGUGAGCGGCCAGGCUGUUCAUGUGGACGGCCUCACAGACUCGUCGGCCGAUGUGGUGGUGGUCGCUGCCCAGCAGGUGUCUGUGACCCAGGACAAUGGCAGCUCCAGUGAGGACCUCCCCGUGAGUCCAUGCAGCAGCAGCGCAGACUCCCACAGCGGCUUCUACUCCUUCGUGGACGACCCUUUCAGCCCCGAGGCCGAGCAGAACGAGGCCUGGAUGGUCUCGCCCCAGCGCCAAUCGCACCUCGCCGUCUUGAGACAGGAUGAGAGCUUCAAAUUGCAAACCUACAGCAACCACGCCAAGCCCGGCAGUCUGUUCCAAGAUGAAGACACAGACGCACGGUACGAAAUAACCCCCAAGUUUGGCUAUCAAGUCGUCAGCGAGGAAGAGGAAAGGCGGCUUCGUGAGGAGAUAAUCCGUGGUCAAGUGUACAAGAAAAGUCCAGUGGUUGAAAAAGUUUUUGACGAUAAUACAAGCAGGUUGAUUGAUGGUUUCAGCAUUAGCUUCAGCAAUGUUGGAACCAAACCAAAGUCGACGGUUGAUUCAGAAGCUAUCAUUGAAGAGCAGAUCAACUUUGACGCCGCAAGGAAGCAGUUUAUUCAAAUGGAGAGAAAUAAGGUUGAUCCGAUAAUACGGCCACGCAAAAUUCAGGUCAAAACAUCACCGAAGCCGAGUCCAGAGGUUUUGGUUCUGGAUAAGAAAGUGAAGAGAGAAGAACUGGAGGUCAAACAAAGCAGAGAGGUAGAGAAGGAGGAACAGCGUAGUAGCCACAGUCGCCAAAGCAGUAGUUUGGAUGACUCAGAUGUGUUUUUCAGGUUUAGCAGCAUUGAUGUGUUGGAGAACGUUCAAACCCAAUCGGAAAUCAGCUUCGAGCCAGAGACACCCAUCGAACGGGAGAUAAGAAUUGCUCAGGAACGCGAGGAGAACUUGCGUCAAUCACGAGGCCUUCAGCACAAUGCCGGCCACAGGGAGAUGGUCCAAAUAGAAACCAAGAGACUGAACACACCGCUGCCGUUGACUCCUACGAAAAGCAAGGAGAAAAAUAGGGUGGGCUUCAUCUUCCAGGAAAUCCAAAGAAAGGGAAGAGCGACUAGGCAGGAUGGCUCUACACAACACUUGGGGAAUGCGAGACGAGAAAGGGCCGGUAGUUUUGACGUUUUACAAGCAGCAACUGAUGUAGUAGAAACCAAGGAGCUUGAGAAAGAUGAAGCAAAGUUGGACGUUGUGGACUAUGCCUUACAAAAGCAAAAUUACUACACUCAAGAUGGAGGCAAAGUUGAAUAUCGGCAAAAUUUUACAGGGCAAGCUAAAGAGUAUGUUGAACCGUAUGCAAGACAGGAAAAGUACGCCGAACAAGCAAGAAAUGGGGACUAUAAAAGCUUAGAGGGAAGAUGGCCGAAGGAGAAUGGACACGGGAUGGAAACUGGUGAGAAAAUCCUGGCAGAAAAGUCUUGCAAUGAAGUCUCCUCGUUGUCGUGUGGUUCGGACGAGCAGAGGCUGGACCGGGACCAGGACCAGACCCCGGCGUGGAGGGACACCCUGCAGAGCCAGGUACAGGGCAAGUUUGUUGAGAAGGACAUUGAGGAGGCGCUGAGAAGGGAACGCGAGCUGAAGGAGCAGAGGCUGGAGCAGAGGCUGGAGCAGAGGCUGGAGCAGGACCAGGCCCCGGCGUGGAGGGACAGUCUGCAGACCCGAAGGCAAGCCCAGUUUGUUGAGCAGGAGAUCGAGGAGGCGUUGAGGAGGGAACGCGAGCUGAAGGAGCAGAGGGCGAAGCAGGUCUACUCCCCACAGACGCUGGUGGAGCAGGCUGACAAGAUGGCCGCCACACAGUUCUACCCACCAAUCAAAACAGGGAGCCUGGGGUCCAGGUCCACUUCUCGUCCUGUGCGUUUGUCCACUGUCCCCCUGAUGUCCCCACAGCCCUGGUCUCCUGCUCCACAGACCGUGAUGUCUCCUCAGACCCUGCAGACCCAGUUCCAGUUCUACCAGACCCUGAAUACCCGGUCUCAGUCCCCUCAGACCCUGCAGACCCGGUCCCAGUCCCCUGAGACUGUGCAGACUCAGUCCCAGUCCUAUCAGACUCGGUCCCAGUCCUACCAGACCUGGUCCCAGUCCCCUCAGACCCUGCAGACCCGGUCCCAGUCCCCUCAGACACUGCAGACCCAAUCCCAGUCCUACCAGACCCUUCAGACCCGGUCCCAGUCCCCUCAGACCCUGCAGACCCAAUCCCAGUCCUACCAGACCCCACAGACACGCUCCCAGUCCCCUCCAGUGGUCCGUCCCUCCCCCCUCCCCGUACGAGGACUCACCCAGACCCUGCUGCAGGACUUUGAGGAGAGACGGGUCAAACUCAGGCUGGAGGAAAGCAAGUACGCUGGGAUCCAACCAGUGGACUCUGUCAACAACGAGGUGGUGGAGUCGACUCGUGUGACGCGCCACAAGAACCAGAGAGCCCUGCAGUGGGAGGCGGGACUCUACCUGAACCAGCACGAGCAGUGA